AACACGUACCAAGCUCUCUAUAAAAAUGGAGAAUGCGUUCCUUAUUUUCUGGUACUACAAGAUUUGCAAUUUUGUUAACUACCCUAAUCUGAAGAAAAAUUGUAGAAUGAGAAUCAACUGCUUGGAAGAUCAUAGGUUGAAGGAGUUACAGGAUCUGGCCGAGUUAGGAGAUGUCGAUAAAUUAUUUUCAGUACUCACGAAGGAUCUAUAUGUUUUGGAGGAUAUUGAAAAGAUACCAUUAGUGAGUACUCCCUUACACACAGCUGUAAGCCAAGGAAACAUACAUUUCGCCAAGGAAAUAGUAAAUUUAAAGCCAUCAUUAACUUGGAAGCGAGACGAACAAGGGCUUAGCCCCCUCCAUUUGGCUUUGGAAGGGAAGCACCUGCAGAAAUGGCAGAAUCCUCGUGAUCCGGAUUUGAUGUGGAAGUACCGGGAACUUAUAAAAUGGUUGAUUAAACAUGACAGUGGGCUUGUCCGUGUUAAAGCAAUGGGGUUGGUUACUCCUUUGCACUAUGCAGCUCAAGUAGAUGAUGAAUCCAGCUUGGCUGAGUUUUUGCAUGCUUGUCCAUCAUCAAUCGAAGAUUUGACUGUUAAAUCUGAAACUGCUGUCCAUGUCGCCAUAAAAAAGGGGAGACUUAAAGCCUUUAAAGUCUUGUUAGGAUGGCUUCGACGCUUCGACAAACUGGAGAUCCUGAGCAGGGAGGACGAAGAAGGAAACAAUGCAUUGCAUACUGCAGUAUCUGCAAGAAAACAUGAGAAGAUGGUGAAGCUGUUGCUUCUAUAUAUGAGAGUGAAUAUAAGGAACAGUAAAGGCUUGACAGCUUUGGACGUGUUCAACGGUCGCCAAGGUCAAGGUUCGGUAGAUGCAGCAGUUAAGGACAUUCUACUUGCUGCUAAAGCUAAAACUGCAUCUCAACUCCAGCGUCCUUCAUUAGUCGAGAAGUUUUUAGGUGUCUUAACGUAUUUACAAAUAAUAAUUCGGCAAAUCUAUUUUAUGGAUUACCGACGCGUUGAUGAAAUUUCUCGUGAAGACCGAAACGUACUACUAGUGGUAGCAGUAUUGGUAGCCACAGCCACCUAUCAAGCUCCACUAAGCCCCCCCGGAGGAUUUUGGCAAGAUGACGGCAAUCCGCAGCCAACAGCCAACAACGCUACUAUCAGUAACAUCAGCACCACCACCACCGUCUCUAGUACAAAGCCUUCUGAACACCUUGCAGGGGAAAUGAUUAUGGAGUCUUCAGCCCAAUUAAUAUUGUUGACAGCUAAUUCUUUCGCCUUUUUUACGUCUAUGUGCUUAAUUCACACUCUUUUAGCUGGGCUCCCAUUUAGCUUAGCCAUUAUGGUUAUGAUGACUUGCAUGGCAUUCUCGUAUUGUUAUUCUAUUUUUGAAAUUUCAAGUAACAACGUUACCGUUGGGACUCUGUUUCCCAUUUAUCUGGCUGUAGGUUAUGCAGUUGUUGUUUUUCCGGGUUUCCUCAACAAAGGCCUUAAAAUGCUACUGCCACGUAAACUAGGAACCUAGGAAAAAAAGUGAAUUUAAUUUUAGCCGCCGCUUGAUUAUAUUUUUUUGUUGGAGUCGGCAGUAUUGUUUGUAAUGUUAUUGUUGCACGUGCUUUUAAUAUAUUUAAUGAAGUUGUUUCUUUCACCAU